CAGGCCGCGUUUUUUAUGUAAAGAAACGAAAAACAGAAAAUGUUCGGAGCAAAAGCACGACAUUUGGUGCGUAAAACGAUUCUGCCGGGCAACUGCAGUUGGUGCCGCUGGAGCAGCAGUAGCAAAGCGCCAGAAGCAGCACCUAAGCCAGAUGCAAAUGCAGCCAAGCGACAGAAACUAAUUCAAGAGCUAGCGGAACCCCUCGAGAGCAGCGGCCGGCCGGCCAUCGAUCCCAAGGAGACGAGUGUAGUGCUAUUUCCCGGCCAAGGCACACAGUAUGUGGGCAUGGCCAAGGAUUUGCUGCGAUUCCCCGGUGCCCGACGCAUCUUCGAAUUGGCCAAUGAGGUGCUCAAAUACGAUCUGCUCAAGAUUUGUCUCGAGGGGCCACGCGAGAAACUCAACCGAACCGAAUACGCGCAGCUGGCCGUAAUGGUGUCUUCACUAGCCGCCCUGGAGCAACUGCGCGAGGAGCGACCCAAAGCCAUAGAGAAUUGUGUGGCAGCAGCGGGCUUCAGUCUGGGCGAGAUCACCGCCCUGGUCUAUGCUGGCGCAAUGCCCUUCGACAAGGCGCUACAGCUGGUGCAGGUACGGGCCAAUGCAAUGCAAGCAGCAUGUGAUCAGGCGCCAGGUGCCAUGGCGAUGACACUGUACGGCCCGGACACCAAUUUGGGCGAAGCGUGCGCCAAAGCAUUGCAAUGGUGCGUGGACAGCGGCGUGGAGUCGCCCUAUUGUGGAAUCGCCAACUACAUGUACCCACAUUGCAAGGUUGUGGCGGGCAGCGUCCAGGCAUUGGAGUUCCUCGAAAAGCAUGCCAAAGCGCUGAAGAUACGCCGGAUGAAACGUUUGGCCGUCAGCGGUGCCUUCCACACACCACUCAUGGAGAGCGCAGUGGAGCCGUUUGCCAAGGCGCUGAAGUCGAUCCGACUGCAGGAUCCCAUCAUUCGCGUCUAUUCCAAUGUGGAUGGCAAGCCGUACAAGAAUGCCUCGCACAUCCUACGCCAGCUGCCCAAGCAGAUUGUCAAACCCGUCAAAUGGGAGCAGACGCUGCACGAGCUUUACGAACGACGUCAAGGCGUCGACUUUCCGCGCACCUUUGAAUGCGGUCCGGGCAAGGGUCUGCUUCAGGUGCUAGAGAAGGUGAAUGCCAAGGCAGCGCAGACAUCAUUCAAUGUGACCGCGUGAUCGAUACGUAAAAUAUAAACAUUGGCCUUUU